UUAAAAUGUAAAAUUCAGUUUCUGCUGCACUAUUCACAUUUCAAGUAACUAGUGGUUACCAUAUUGGACGUGGCAGAUAAAGAACAUUUUCUUUAUUGCAGAAAGUUGUAUUAGACAGCACUAUGCUAGAGCUAGAACUAGCCAAAGAUCAGAGAAAGCAAUAUAAAUGAACUGAAAGCCCAGGCCAGUACCUGGUUGGGUUUAAGUAAGAUACACUGGUUGGGUGAGUGAAAAGCAAACUGACCUUUGGAACAGUGACAUCACAAAGCACAACUCACAAUGGCUCCAGAACACCUAGGUCCCCAGGCUACUUCCCCUAACUCAUAUCUAGAUUCCUGAAGCUUCUGCACAUGUAGUUCCUGGAGCUGCUGCUUAUUAAAAUGUCAACAACUUCAUCUUCUAGCUGGGACAGCCUCUUAGAUACUCUCUCUCAGAGCCCAAUAUGGAAUUGGAUACAAGCAAGUUUUCUGGGAGAGACUGCUGCACCUCAGCAAACAAGUUUGGGACUAUUAGAUAAUAUUGCUCCGGCUCUGCAAGUCAUCUUGAGAAUUUCUUUCUUGAUUUUGUUGGGAAUAGGAAUAUAUGCCUUAUGGAAACGAAGUAUUCAGUUAAUUCAGAAAACGUUGUUGUUUGUAAUCACACUCUACAAACUUUACAAGAAGGGCUCAGAUAUUUUUCAGGCUUUGCUAGCCAACCCAGGAGGAAGUGGUCUCCAAAUUCAAGAUAAUAAUAAUCUCUUCCUGUCCUUGGGUCUGCAAGAGAAAAUUUUGAAAAAACUUCAGACAGUGGAAAACAAAGUGAAGGACCUAGAGGGGAUAAUCAUUGCUCAAAAACCAGCCACGAAGAGGGAUUGCUCCUCUGAGCCCUACUGCAGCUGCUCUGACUGCCAAAGUUCCUAGCCCACAUCAGUGUUUACUUCCCCAUUUGAAAUGUAAAACACUCCAGUGUUUUCCAGAAAAGCACUGUUUCUCUCAUAUGUGCAGUGGUGUAUCAAUAAAGAUAGAGAACUCUAUUGAAAUUACCC